AUGGCGAGAGACUCGACACCCGCCGCCGACACCGACGCCGAUGCGGAAGCACACGAUCCCAUGACGGCGUCCUACCUGUCCGUUGCUUCUCAGCAGAGCGCGGGCCCCCCUUCACCCACAUACACGCGCCGAAGCCGUAUGAGGUCGAGAAGACCGUCGCUCUCCGACCAUACACCCGACGAGCGCACUUCUCUGUUACGACCUUCGAGGUCGCACAUUCGCAUUCAAAGUCCAAAUGGGUCUGUGACGCCCAAGAGCCCGCGCCUUUCAAGGCACCAGAGCUAUGCAGGAGUUGCGUUGAACCCAAAACACCAUAACAGAGGUGGAUCCUGGGGCCAGCGUUUAAUUCAGGCUAUCGGAGACCGACAGGAGUCCCUGGCCGAGUCCAAAGGCUCCAUCUUCGCCGACGAGCGUGUGUGGUACGAUCAGUUCACCUCAACCGACUGGGUUCACGAUAGCAUAGCGGAUGCGUACAGGGUGAAAGCACUGCGAUCCAGGAAGGGAUUCUGGGGCAAAGCCAUCGUGCUUUUCGAUGGCGCUCAGGGCUGGAUACUUAGUGCUGUGGUGGGCUUUCUGGUAGCAGUACUUGCCUACUGCGUCAACGUGGCCGAGACCACCAUGUUCGAUUUCAAAGAUGGCUAUUGUGCUAAGGCAUGGUACCUUAGAGAGAAGCGAUGCUGUCCGCAUGGCCCGUGUACUGAUUGGCGAAACUGGUCCGAAGUCUUCGGCGGUCGUAUCUUCGGAGAGAAGUGGACCGAGUUUGCUAUCUACCUUGUGGCUGUGGUCAUGCUCUCGGUAUUGUCCUGUCUUUUGACCUUGACAACAAAGACUGUGGUUCCCUCGGCAUAUCGAAUGACCACGCUGGAUGAGAACUUCGCAGCAGAACAUGUGAGCCCAUUGGAGGAUGAAGAUAACGAAGAUGAGGCUGUCAGCCCCAGACAGCCACCGCAGGAGCCAGAAGCUGCCCCCAUGGUAUACUACUCCGCUGCUGGAAGUGGUGUUGCCGAGGUGCGAGUGAUUCUCAGCGGCUUCGUCCUCCACGGGUUUCUCGGUUUCAAAACACUAGUCGUGAAGUCAGCAGGUCUGAUCCUGAGUGUGGCUUCAGGUUUGAGUCUCGGCAAAGAGGGACCGUACGUUCAUAUCGCCACUUGUAUCGGCAACAUCGCUUGUCGAUUAUUCGCCAAGUACGACCAGAACGACGCCAAGAGGCGUGAGGUUCUGUCCGCUGCCGCUGCCGCUGGUGUUGUCGUCGCUUUCGGUGCUCCUCUCGGUGGCGUCCUGUUCGGGUUGGAGGAGGUUGCUUAUUUCUUCCCAGCGAAGACGCUGUUUCGGACUUUCUUCUGCUGUAUCACCGCCGCUCUUUCCCUGAAGUUCUUGAACCCCUACGGAACGCACAAGAUCGUCAUGUUUGAGGUUCGCUACAAGGUCGACUGGGAAUACUUCGAGCUUGGCAGUUUUAUUCUCUGCGGCAUUCUCGGCGGUGCUGCUGGUGCCUUAUUCAUAAAAGCGUCGAGAAAAUGGGCUGUCACCUUCCGAAAGAUCCCGACCAUCAAAAAAUACCCCAUGGUUGAAGUUAUUAUGGUGGCCUUGAUCACGGCGCUUAUCGGCUAUUGGAACCCAUUGACGAAACUGCCGGUGGCAAAGCUUCUCCUGAAUCUAGCGGCACCAUGCGAUGACGAAUCAAGAGACCCGUUGGGACUCUGUCCUGAUGAUAUCAAUGAAAUACCUGGAAUCAUGCGAACACUGCUAGCUGCGUUUGUGAUCAAGGGGUUUCUGACCAUUAUCACUUUUGGCAUCAAAGUCCCAGCAGGAAUUUACGUGCCAUCCAUGGUUGUUGGUGGUCUGAUGGGCAGAAUUAUCGGGCAUGCAGUACAGUGGGUUGUCUUACGCUUCCCAUCUUGGGGUAUAUGGGGUACGUGCCCAGUGUUUGCCGAAGCAACUUGUGUCCAACCAGGUGUCUAUGGUCUCAUCGCUGCCGGAUCCACCAUGUGUGGUGUGACGAGGUUGUCCGUUACUCUGGCCGUCAUUCUCUUUGAACUUACCGGAAGUCUCGAUUACGUCCUGCCGUUCUCCCUAGCAAUCCUCGUUGCAAAGUGGACAGCGGACGCGAUGGAGCCGUUGAGUAUUUACGACCUGUUGACCGAGAUGAACUCCUACCCCUUCCUGAACAACAAGCACAAGCCAAUUUUCACGUCCGACCUGGCAGAUAUCGUUCCUCGAGUGCGUCGCGAGCGCAUCAUUGACAUUACAAAUUCACCUCUUGUUCCGGCCCUAAGCCUAAGGACGAAACUCGAGCUCCUCCACAGGGCUGGCGAGCUAGAUGGUGGCCUGCCUAUCUUGCGGGACGGCGUGCUCGUUGGGCUGAUCCCCGCACCGGAUUUGGAAUAUGCGCUCGAUAGUCUCGACGACGAGGGAUCCUCCCUCUGUUUGAUGGCUCAUGUGCCGUCAAUCGAUGACGAUGAUGGUGAUGCGGUUCGUGACCCAACGGACUUCACCCCUUACAUCGACCCUGCCCCUGUUGCUCUUGACAUACGGUCACCGAUGGACCUUGUAUAUGAGUGCUUCGUCAAGCUUGGCCUUCGGUACAUAUGCGUCCUAAAGGAUGGACGGUACGCUGGCAUGACACAUAAGAAGCGCUUCGUGAAAUAUAUGCGUGAACUUGAGGAGAAGGAGCAUGCGAAAUAA